AUGUCGGGAUUUUUCUCCAAACUAUUCCCGGGCAAUUCUUCUAGCUCGACGUCCAACAACACAGAUCUCGGAAGUAUGGAAUCAUUGUGCGUCGCCAUAAACGAGCUGUGCAGAGAGAAUGCAGGUUGGAAAGACCAGCAGAAUCAAAACAGAAUCUGUUUUCCAGAUCAUGUGGGCGAAAAAGCCGCCGAUCUGGUCCGCAAGAACAAGGAUCUGUUCGAGAAGAAGCCGAGCGACGUGGAGGCGUUCCUUCUGCACUGCAGUCCGCACGUCGGAUCCGCUGCGAUGGUGGCCGCCAUCAAAGGGAUGUUCGACGCUUCGGCAGCCAAGAACAACGAGACGGGAAUGGACAGAGCCGUCGAACUGCUGAAUCACUACUACGUCGCCGAGGAGAGCAGCUUCGUCGGAGAGCAUCUCAAAUACGUACCUGAAAUCAGUAAGGCAUCUUCUCCAUUUUAACUCUAACCUUACACAUUUCAGUUUUUCCACUUCUCCGCAGCAUUGGAAUCUAUUGUUGGGAGAAGAAGAACAAGCCCGAAAUCGGACAGAGAAUUAUUCUGAAAGCACUCAACUCCAUGUACCCCCGUGGAGAGUACUGCUCGAGAGUUCUCACUUCGGCGCACAGCGUGCUCUUCUCGUGUGCUCUGAAAACGAAGAACUAUGCGGAAGUGGAGCCAUUCAUCGAUGUGCACAUUGACGAAGUCGCCAACGAGAAAUGCGUGGCCGACCAGGCUACGGAGGACCCAAACGCUCUCAUGAGCAAAUUCUCUAAGGUUAUCCUUUCAAUUCCAAUCUUCCCCUUAUUCCAUGGACGUUUUCCAGAAAGGCCACCUCGGUAAUCUGUCCACCCUUCUGCAACCAGUUCCAUUCCUCAAUCCCAAGUUUGUCCUCGAAUACCUCUACAACGGCGCGUGCAUUCUGAUCGAACUGAAACGAUACGAAGACGCCUUCCUUCUGCUCGAGAACUGCGUGUCGAUUCCGGCUCAUUCGGUGCAGGAUCAGCAUGUGGAUGGAUACAAAAAGUAAGUUUGUAGGCUGUAGAAUAGAGCAAAAGAUAUUCGGUGCAGGUUCGUACUUCUCUCUCUUCUUCUGAACGGAAAGGUCAUCGACUUCCCGGAGAAGCAAGUGGGAGCCCGUAAUUCAAAAUCAAAGACGAAUGAAUACAAGAUCUUCGCAGAGGUCAAGUUCUCAAGGAGUGGAAAUACGCCAGCGAAACUGGAAGAAUUGAUUGGAACAUUGAAAGAGAGGCUGAAAAACGACGGAAACCUGGAACUCGCGAAUUUGGUCGUGAACGAGAUGAGAAAGAAAACCAUUCUGUCGCUGACGAAGAUGUUCGCUUCGAUUCGGCUGACAGACAUCGCACAGCUGGCACAUAUCGCAUCGCCAACUGAGACGAACACUCUGAUCAAAGAGUUAGUGGCCGAGCAACGGAUUACUGUACGAGAAGAAGACGGCUUCGUCUUCUGGGAGGCUCUGAAGCCUUUGCCAACAAAGACCGACGUCGAACACAAAAUAAAGACGUGAGUGGUUUGUUUCUGUUUCCCCAAUAAGUACUGUCUUUUAGGGUGAACCAUCUGAACGAUCUCCUCAUCGCAAAGAACCAGGCACUGAAGACGAACCGUCUGAAAACGGCAAUAUUCAACGAGGACGAGGGACUCAGCAUGCCAGCGCACGACCAGUAA